AUGAACUUCCUUUCCUCGGCGAUUUCCACCUUGACGGGAACUUCCAUUCCUUAUACGUUCAAGGAAAAGAUCAUAGACCCGUUGAAGGCCACAUAUCCCGAUUCACGCUCGAUAUGGACAAUCUACAAUGGCAUCAAUCCAAAAACAGACACGCCAGUAACGAUCUUUGAGUUCAACUUGAAGGAUCCGGCUGCCACUCGGUGGAACUACGACGCGUUAGCGCGUAACUGUUUUAAAAAACUGAAGCUUAUAAAGUUCCCUGGAAUCUUGUCCAUCGUGGACUACUUCGAAUCAGACUCUUACUUGUAUAUCAUCACCGAGCAUGUGACGCCAUUGCAGCAUUACUUGGCUACUCAUUCAGACAAAGUAACCAAGGAAACGAAACUCUACGGUAUUUACAAUGUCGCUCAUGCUUUGCUGUUCAUUAACACCAAGGCAUAUUCUGUUCAUGGACAUUUGGACCUUUCUUCAUCAGUGUUUGUGAAUGCCCAAGGCGAAUGGAAGCUUUUUGGCUUCGAACUUCUUACCUCGAUGAAGUCUGAUCCUGACCAGCCGAUUUAUCGUCUUUCGUCGCUGUGCCCCAUGUUCAACGAGAACUUGCCAGAUGAGGUAGUGGCUAGUGGAAUUGAGGCGAUCAGACCCUAUCCUUUCAAAUUUGACUCCUACAAAUUAGGAGUGUUCAUUUUCACGCUUUUGGCUACUACUCUGUACAAGGAUCCCGUGGUGGCUACAAAUGGCGAGGCAUUUGCCGGGAGCUCACAGAUUCCACGUUCCUUGGCCCAACCAGUUAAAAAGCUCACCAACGUCAAGCCGAACCUACGUGUUACCGUCGAAAAGUUCUUACAAGAGACGGAGGCAUUCUUCAGCUCCAAUAGACUUGUCUCAUUCAGUCGCCUCUUGGAGGACAUGAAAUUUCAGAAUGCUCAUGAUAAACUAGCAUUUUUCAAGAAUGAUGUGGCACAAUAUAUUGACGAGGAGUUUCCCCCAGGAUACUUGGAUAACAAGUUACUUCCCGAGAUCAUUACACAGUACAACAACUUGGUGCACACUAAAGUUCCUCCAACUGUCACAGCAGAACAACAACAACACAGACAGGAGACAAUCUCAGUUCUUCUCAACUACAUUUUGAAGCUUGGUACUGGAUUGUCCGAGGACGGGUUCAGCAAGACUGUGAAGCCCAUAAUUUUCCAUGCAUUCACGCUUCCAGACCGAGCUGUGAGACUCACACUUUUGAACUACUUGCCCAAGUACGCCCAUCAUUUGUCUGAUAGCGAAGUCCAAUCCAAGUUGUUCUACAGUUUAGUUACUGGCUUCAACGAUACCAAUUUUAUGAUUCGUGAAACGACGCUCAAAUCCUUCACAUCAGUCAUCGACAAAGUGAGCGUAAAGCAAGUGAAUCAGGAGUUGUUGAAGGUGUUGGCUAAAUCUCAAAUGGAUCCCAAACCCUCUAUCCGGACAAAUACUUUGAUUCUCAUCAUAAAAAUCUCGAGCAAGAUCUACGCCAAUCUGAAAAAUAGUGUCAUUAUAACUGCACUUGGAAAAUCAUUGAGAGAUUCGUUCGUUCCUUGCAAGAUGAUGGCUCUUUCAGGUUUUGAUCAGUUGAUAGCGGAAUUUCUGCUUGAAGAGAUCUGCUCUAAGAUCUUAGGUCAUUUGGCGAUUGCGCUUAUGGACCCAAAAUCAUUCAAGGUAAGGGAGGAAGCCAAGCGUGUUUUCCAACUAUAUUUGACUUCGGUUGAGAAGCAUGCAUCAUCAUUGCCUAGGGAUGAGGAAGACGAGGAUGAAGAGGAGAAGGAGUUCUUCCGCCAGCAUGCGCCUCAAGCUCCUGUGGAGCUGAAGAAGGAGGUGGAAAGUUCAAGCUCAACUUCAUUUGGAUGGAGCAUGGUCAACAAACUUGUGCUGUCAUCGGCGAUUGGCGGAGACCUCAACAAGAGCUUCAACUCAUCGACACCGGACUUGACUCGAGAGCCGACUCCCGUGGACUCAAGUCAAUCGGCUCAACCCGUCGGAAUUUCUGCGCUGGCGGGGAAAAACAAAAACACUUUCGAGCCGGACUUUGAAGACUUUUCUGACGAAGAUGGAUGGGAUGUGGAUCAGGCCUUCGAAGAUGACUUCGGUGGUGCUAAGCCCGAGCCAAAGCUGUUAAUUGGCAAAAACGGUAGGACUGGAGGCGCAAAACCGCCUUCAGCUCCUCGCAGAACACCUGCCAGGGCCUUGUCGCAGCGAAAUCAGAGAAGAGUGUUCUGA